UUUGAGUUCAGCAAAUUAAAAAGGUGGAGAAGUAAAAGCAGGAGUCACUUCAGAGGAGCAGAGACGUGAACGCGGACAUUUAACGGGCGCGCACGGCAUGUGGCCGUAAAUACGUCAGCAGAACGCGCCCUCGUUCUUUCUUUCUCUCGUCCUGAAGAUGGCGGCAGGGGUGAGUAAGAUGGAGAGAAGGCUAGUGCUGGAGCUUCCUUUUAACUUUACCGGUACAAUCUACUGAAAAUCAGACCCAUCUGGACUGCUAGUUCUUGUCUUUUAACGCGUACACUACAUCUGGCCUGUUAGGUGGCUGUUUAAAGGUUUAUUGGUGGAUAAUUUAAUUCAGUGUUGAUUCUAACUGAGGUUAGCUUUCGCUGUCAUGACGUUGCAUUCAAAGAAAGUGACGCUGCUCUCGUGGCCCAGGCUCGUGCCACGUUACAUUAAAAAAUUCAGCCUCCGCUCAUUCACAGGUGCUUUAAACACAGUUUCGCGUUUACCCAGUCGGUUAAAAAACAGUGCAUGUUAACUUGUGUGUGAGUUUGGUGAGAAACUUGUCCAUUGAAGUCUUGAUACUUUGGUUCCCGGUCCGGUAUUGAAAGCUACGAUAGUUAGCUUCGGCUGAAAACCACGAGAAAAAAAAACCUGUUAACGAAUUUGGUCUACAGGGUAGAUUCGUCCUUUUUGUAGCUGAUAAUUUAAUCACCAAACCCUAAACGUUGUCCGUUUGUAUGGCUUAGUUUGAUCUAAAUGGCCGAGCAUCCUGUGUAGCAUCAUCCCCCUGUGUGUAGACAAUUGUAAUGCUAAAAUUGUGAAUUAUAUGCUGUUAUAAAAAGAGUAAAGAGCCAGAGCUAUAAUUUCCAGUGAGUGUCAUAUGAGAACAGCCUGAAACUUGGUCAACUUCCAAUUUUACUGGAUGUCUAAAAUUAGAUCUAAUUUGUUUUUGAUUGUAAUAAAAUGGUUUUCUCUCCUUUUCUCCAGACUCUGUACACAUACCCAGAAAACUGGAGGGCCUUCAAGGCCCAGAUCGCAGCCCAGUACAGUGGUGCUCGCCUCAAAGUGGCCAGCAGCUCCCCUGCCUUCACCUUCGGGCAGACGAACCGUACCCCAGCCUUCCUCAACAACUUCCCCCUGGGAAAGGUCAGUGCAAGUUGUUUAAUGGUUUGCAUGGGAUUGUUCCAGUUUUGCCUGGCUUAAUGGCCCUUAAGCACGGCAAUUAGUAAGUGUAUUUGAGUAUGCAAGCUUUUACUGGUAAAGCAAUGCCCACCAAUGUGCAACAUAUAUCAUCAUAUAGUCAACUCUUUGAUUCCUUGUCAAACUUCUGUUAUUCCUUAAUUUUGCUGGUGUUUGUAGGUACCUGCCUACCAGGGAGAUGACGGCUUCUGUCUGUUUGAGAGUAAUGCCAUUGCUCACUACUGUAAGUGAUAAAAUGGUUCAUUUCUUUUUCUUUCACAAGUUAGAUUUGAGUGUUAAAACAAAAGUGCCACACAGUUUACUUACUUCCUUAGAGGAAGUUAAACAUCUAAAUUUACAGUUUUUCCGUACUUGUGUUUUCCAAAGAACUUUGAAACCCACUUUCUUACCAGCCAUAUAGAAUUGCAUUUAUAAAACAGUUGUGCUAAAACACAAGUUCUCCCUCUGAGCAGAUAUUUGACUUGUUAAGACAAGUGACAUUUCAGUUACAGCAGCUGUCUCUGUAGGCUCAACUCAAAGUGUUUCAACAAAAUGGAAUGCAGCCUUUAUUGGAUAUACUCGAAUGACCAGUCAUGUCUUCAGUGUUUUUUGCACUGUGUGCGGCCGUCUGUUAGACCUCUGUCUAGUGUGCACUUGUUAAAAACUUAUCUAUGCAUGUUCAUCAAUAACCAUCCUAUUUUAAAAAACAGAUGUUGAGAUUUGUGUCUUCAUUCUUGAUCUACAGUGAGCAAUGAAGCCCUUCGUGGUGCCACUCCCCAGGCUGCAGCCCAGGUGCUGCAGUGGGUGAGCUUCGCUGACUCAGAGAUCAUCCCUCCAGCCAGCGCAUGGGUUUUCCCCACUCUGGGAAUCAUGCAGUUCAACAAGCAGGUAUGCUGCUCAAUAUUUUCUUUUUGAACAUUUUAGGUUAUUUUCCAGGUCUGAUGGAAGGUGGUAGCCAGUUUUAGUUGGCUAGAUUAAACACUCUGCAGUGAAGAACUGGCACACAAUCAUGUCAAUGAAAUGUUGUGCUGAUGAAUCCUGCAAAGUCAUCCUUCUGUGUGGAUCUUUCUAGGCCACAGAGCAGGCCAAAGAAGAUGUGAAGAAGGUUCUUGGUAUGCUGAACCAACACCUCAACACCCGCACCUUCUUGGUGGGGGAGAGAAUUAGCCUUGCAGACAUCAGUGUGGCCUGCUCCAUGCUCUGGCUUUACAAACAGGUUAGUACACGGUUGAUAGUAGUGGCACUAAGCCACAUGACAUCAUCAGUUUUUGACAGUUCUUUGAGAAGUUUGCAAUCACUGUGACGAUACUGAGUGAAAUGUUUUUCCACACCUUGCCAUGCCUUUAGGUCCUGGAACCCUCCUUCCGUCAGCCUUAUCCUAAUGUGACUCGCUGGUUUGUCACCUGUGUAAAUCAGCCACAGUUCAAGACUGUCCUCGGAGACGUCAAGCUGUGCGAGAAGAUGGCGCAGUUUGAUGGUGAGAAACAAACCCAUGAUAUAGAGUGCUCUGCUGGUUGAACUAAGACAACCUGAAAUAUAUAAAAAAAAUACAUGAGCUUAUUGUUUGGGUGAACUGUCUCAAAAAGUUUAAGAUUGUAUUAAGAGAAAGUUCAACCAAGAAAAUCUUGAAGGGUAAAAAGUUGGUUCUAAAGUUUUCAUCAUGUUACAGUUGCGUAGUGUUCCCCUGUCUUUGGGCAAGGCAGUGUCCAAUCGUGGCACGCAGUCUUAAUCUGACGGGGGCAGAGAAACUUGAGACCAUAUUCAUCCCAGUCAUCUCUGUAUUAGUGAGCUAAAGGCUGGUUCAUGCUAUGGGCACAAACUGUCUGCUGUGAUCUAAAAUCGAACGUACUUUGACUUUGAAUGUAAUUUAACAUUUGACAUACUCUUUCUCCUGCAUACCUCUUCCUCCCUUUCUUAAAAGUUAAGACUGUUUCUGACUCUGGUUUCCCUCUCUUUGGAAAGUCUAUUGCUUUUAAAGUCUUUAAAUGUAGCUAAGUAUGUUAAAUAUAGAUCUGCUUUCUUGAAUGUCAGAGGGAAACCUGGUUGCUUCAGGCUUUUUCUUUAAAGUGUCUGUUUCUGUUGCAAAAAAAUAGCAUGUACUCAUUAGACAACAGCUUGGUGCGCUUGAGUUCUUAAAAGCGCAACAGGUUUAUUAAGACGCUCUGUUUCUUUGUUUGCUUUUAAACAUUAUUGCCCCUGAAGUUAAAGUUUUGGCACUAGACGUCUCUUGAUGUGAAGGCUGACAGAGAAGCAGGUAGAGCGUUGAGGACUCUGACAGUUUUAAUACUUCACUCUUGUUUCACUAAUAUUGAAUGGCUGGCUAAAAGUUUGAGACAAGCUUAUGAUUGAAAGUAAAUUUGAACAGUUUUGCUUCAGGAAAGGAGAAUAAAGGGCUAAAUGUGCAGCUUUGAUACAAUGAUGAAUAUGUGGUGCUUCUAUUUGAAAAUACUCGCACCUAUGAAGAUGUUUUGGUUCGCACAAAUAGAAAAUGAGACAAAUUGGACUAGAUGCUGUGUGGCAACAGUGGGUUUAUUUGUGUAUUUGUGUUAAGCAGUUGAAAUGAAAUUCCCUAAUAUAUGGGACACAAAAUGUUCCAGUCAACAGCAAAACUGCUUGUUAUGUUUGGUAAACAGUCUCAGGACUCCUGGCCACAGUGGUCCUCCAGUGUGCAAGCACAAAGUGAAAUAAUGGAACAUUUAACUCAAAACACGUUUCCCAUUGUUUUUCCCCUGUCCGUCCAGCCAAGAAGUUUGCUGAGAUGCAGCCCAAGAAAGAGGCCCCUGCAAAGAAAGAGAAGGGAGGAAAGGAAGCAGCCAAGCCCCAGGAGAAGAAGGAAAAGAAGAAGGAAGAGAAGAAGCCCGCCCCUGAGGAGGAGAUGGAUGACUGUGACGCUGCUUUGGCCGCAGAGCCCAAAGCAAAGGACCCCUUUGCACACCUGCCAAAGAGGUAUUCUGGCAUGCACACUCAGCACAUGACAGAAUCAGUGGUGACUUGUCAUUUGCUGUAUAGAAUGAAGUACAGUGACACUUAUCUGGAAAUCAGGUUGUCCCCUGUCUUUGGGCAAGGCAGUGUCAAAUCAUGGCAUGCAGUCUUAAUCUGACAGGGGUAGAGAAAUGUAUGACCAUAUUCAUCCCAGUCAUCUCUGUAUUAGUGAGCUAAAGGCUGGUUCAUGCUGUGGACACAAAUCAAAAACAUCAUUUGUGGGGUAAAUGCGGUGGUAGAAUUUACCUUUUGUGUUUUUGAACUCCUGUAAGUUUAUUUUUGCAGACAGAUACAAACUGAUUGAGAAGGUGUCAGGCCAUGUCUUCAUGGCACAGACCUUCUCCACAUCACUUCAUGUGCAGCCCACAGAUUCACAUGACCUGAUCUGUUUCCUUUCUCAGCCCAUUUGUCAUGGACGAGUUCAAGAGAAAGUAUUCUAACGAGGACACCCUGACAGUAGCCAUCCCCCACUUCUGGGAGCACUUUGACCGUGAGGGCUACUCUAUCUGGUACAGCCAGUACAAGUACCCCGAGGAGCUCACCCUUACCUUCAAGAGCUGCAACCUUAUUACAGGUGAGACUUAAUCGCUGAGACUUUGUGGAACAAUUAGUCUUUAAUAUGUGGGAAUUCACAAAUGUUCGUGUUCUCUCUUGAUUGCCCAAAAAGUCCUGCAACUCCAGAGGUUGAUAGACGUCUAAAUGAGACUUUGCUUACAACUUUUAAACCCUCAUUUAUCUAAGUCUGCUGGUUCAUCCGUGUUUCAGUCUGUAUUAGUUUGGCUGAGAUAAACUGAAGACAAUGUAGGGCUCUCUUCAUUUGUGUAUGUGAUCAGGCUUUCAGCGAAAAGUUUCACAUGACCUUCAAGAAGACUACAGGCAAGAUCUGUAAUUCCAAAGCAGUAUUAUGUGUGUGCACUCAGGGGAUCCAGUUCUUUCUCAAGGCUUUGUGUAGUUUUAUUACUUUACUAAAUAAUUGAACCUUUGGCUUUAAAUGUCAAACAUAACAGUAGGUCCCAGCUUAAAGUUUCAGCCUGACCGGCAUAUUUUUGUCAGCUGAUCUGUUUUAACAUACAAACCAGGGUUUCCUCUAAGGAACAGCAGGUGGUCCCCUGUCACUGGGCAAGGCAGUGUCCAAUCAUGGCACGCAGUCUUAAUCUGACAGGGGCAGAGCACUUGAGACCACAUUCAUCCCAGUCAUCUCUGUUUCAGUGAGUUUAAAGGCUGGUUCAUGCUGCGGUUACAGUUGACAGAGAACAACUCAGAUUAUUUAUUUUUUGUGAAAUGUGUUUUUCUGAAAUUCCUGCAAGAGUAAGAUUGAAGUUGCUGUGGAUCAUCCAAAUAUACUUGAGUGUUAUUGUUCAAUAAAAUACUCUGAAGAAUAAAAGUACAGCUGACUUCGCUGCUCCAGUGAGUGAGAUAAUGUGGAUAUAUAAUAGAUGGUAUGUUUGACACCUUCAUGUUUUUCACAGGCAUGUUCCAGCGCCUGGACAAACUCAGAAAGAACGCCUUCGCCAGCGUCAUCUUGUUUGGCACCAACAAUGACAGCGGCAUCUCUGGCAUCUGGAUCUUCAGGGGUCAGGAACUGGCUUUUACUGUGAGUACAGGGGGGUAGACUGUCCAGUCCCCCAUUUUAAUUAACAAGACCGCCAGCCUGCAGUCACAUUUCUGUAUGUUGCCAGUAUUCCCGGACAACACGUCCGUCAAGCUCUUGAUGUUUACACAGUGAUAGCCUAAAUGGGUGUUCCCCUGUCUUUGGGCAAGGCAGUGUCCAAUCGUGGCACGCAGUCUUAAUCUGACGGGGGUAGAGAAACUUGAGACCAUAUUCAUCCCAGUCAUCUCUGGAUUAGUGAGCUAAAGGCUGGUUCAUGCUAUGGGCACAAACCCAUCUGCUGUAGUUAAGAAUACAUUCAGGAAGAGAGUGUUGGUUAACUGACAUACAGUCUGUAAAUUUAGACAGCAGCUCUUGUACUCCCUGUUUCAAAUGUGUAACUGAUGGGGUUAUACAAACUUUUAAGGUUUCACUUGCAUUCAAAUUCGACUGUUUUCCUGUUUGCUUCCAGCUGUCUCCAGAUUGGCAAAUCGACUACGAAUCAUAUGACUGGCGCAAGCUGGAUCCCGAGAGCGAUGAGUGCAAGACCAUGGUGAAGGAGUACUUUGCCUGGGAGGGAGAUUUCAAGCAUAUGGGUAAAGCUUUCAACCAGGGCAAGAUCUUCAAGUGAGGACACCGGGGCAGUGUGAACACUCUGUGCUACAGCUUAAUGGCACUUAAACUUAUGGACUUUCAGCCACCAUGUGCUUACCAUACUGCAACAAUGACUCAGAAUGACGGUGUUUGAAGACGAGAUUUUGUCUCAGUGGCCCCAAACUGGUUUUUUGUUUGUUUGACCUGCGAAAUAAAGCAUUUUCCACAAUGCCAACUAUGGAAUUUGAUGUCUCUGGUCCAGUGUUUUGCUUUGUAUGGUUUUCAGUAGCAAGCUAUAAAAACAUCGACUGUUUAUUUCGGUAUAUUUACGCCUUUAUUUGGAUCCAUUUACAUUUAUAAUCUAUUUAAACCUAAGCUCAUUAGGUUCAACCCAAAAGACUAAAAAUGAGCAUGCUGUAAAACUGUAUGAACAAAGAUAGCACAGCUGGAAACCAUCUUUUGUAAAAACAAUGUACACCGACCACACCCAAUACUGGUGCUGGGUGUGGCUGAAAAUAUGAUGCAAUAACAACUUCCGCCCUGAAGGGGUCUGUCAAAGCCUUUCCUGCUUGAUUCCUACAUAGAGGAUCCACUGCCAAAAGAAAUUAAAACAGUUUAAAAGGUGCAUUAGUAUUUUUACAAAUACACUAUGUAACAACAGUGUACUUCAACCUUUGAGACUCCUGCUCAUGCAUCUUUUGCAGUUCAAACAGGGACUCAAUCACAGCAACCUCAGAUGCCCACGCUGUUGAUGCUGCCAAGUGCUCAUGAAUUUCACGCUUCUAUCCAAUGCAUGCAAUGAGAGAAGCUGUUCAGAGCUGUCACAUCACCAUUUGCAGUAUCUUAUUGCAGAUGCUGCAGGGUCCCCUCGUCCCCUGCAGAGGGCAGCCAAAGACCCGUCAUUUUCAGGCUGCUUGUCUAGCUGGAGGGAGCUCUUCCAGCAGGGUGAGGAAAUAACUAGGCUGAGCUCUGCGGUUUGCUCAGUCUAAGUCAAGAAUGUUGUCUGCUUUUAACUAUGGGUUUUUGUUUUGAUGUCCCUUGUCCUUCCCCAAGGGAAAGCAGCCUGAAGGAAAUCUUUAAAAGGAACUCAAGUGCCCCCUCAAAAUGUCAUCUAAGGCCAGGGGCGUAUUAACUAAAAUAUCUUUGGGUUUCAAUAAAGAGGAUGUAGUUCACCACAUAAAAUCCUCAACUUCUAAGUCGAACUGUGUCGCAUUUGUAUUUUUUAAACCAUCUUUUGGAAAAGCCCGAAAUUACAUAAAAGUGACAUUUUCAUAAAAGUUAUUUAAAAACACAAA